AUGGUGACUUCCUGGAUCCUUAAUUCCCUGUCAAAAGAAAUAGCAGACAGUGUUGAAUACGCAAAUGAUGCCAUGGAGUUAUGGAUCGAAUUGGAUGAUAGGUAUGAGCAGACGAAUGGAGCCAGAUUAUAUCAAAUACAGAAGGAAAUAAAUGAUACAUCUCAGGAGACUCUCGACAUUACUAGCUAUUAUACCAAACUGAAGAAGCUCUGGGAAGAAUUGAGCACUUUGAGCAAGAAGUCACAAUGCACAUGUAGUUGCACCUGUGGAGCAAAGGAAAAUUUUUACAAAGCUGAACAGGAUAGGCGUUUAAUACAGUUUCUCAUGGGGCUAAAUGAAACCUACACUGUAAUCCAAGGUAGCAUCCUCAUGAUGAACCCACUUCCUAACCUUUCUCAAGCUUUUUCUCUCCUAAUACAAGAUGAAAAGCAAAGGGAAAUCAAACCACAUACCCAGCUGUUUGUUGAAUCAACCUCCAUGAAUGUUACUAGUUCCAGACCUAGUGGCUAUAGAACCAACUACUCACCCAAUAAUAAUAAUCAUACUGGACAAGGAAGGGGAAGACCUAUGUGUGACUAUUGCAAGAAGCCAGGGCACACCAAAGACAAAUGCUUCAAACUACACGGCUAA